AUGAUGCGGCUGACGACAUGUGUACUCCUCGCAGUAUAUGCUACAUUCGGAUCCGCGCAAGAGAAUGGAGUUGACUUUGACAACCCGGGAAACUGCGGAACUGAAGCGAGCAACUGGAAGCCGUGUAUUGAGCGUAAGGUAGCUGAUCAAGUUUUCGGAAGCUGCUGCUCCAGAUUCGUGCCACCAGAGUGCCGCGGACUCUGCAUCUACGAGACAAAUGCCAUUGAAGCCAGAGUUGUGCUGAUGCACACCAUCCAACCAUCACGUUGCCGUCUCUACAAGUACUUGCCAGCUAUCGUCCACUGCGCCGCUCAAACCCACGACAACAGUGAAUGCUGCAGAUCCAAUGGAGUCGCGGAGCUCGGUGAGCAAUGCGUACAAAUGUGUCAACCACAAAGCAACCCAAGACGAUUCUGGGGAGUCAAGUCACUCCGUAAGGAUAUGGUUGUCUGUCUUGCCCGUUGGGAUCAAAUCAUGCAGUGUCAUCAAGCGGGACUCAGAGCGAGAAAGGUUCCACGUGUCAACGCUUAA